CUUCCUAAAACCCCUAAAACAUAAGCUAGGGUUUUAGGCUUAGCUUCUUCACAGUUCUUCCUGGAUGCGAAAUAUGAACUCCAUUGCUCGAUCUCUCGUGAGAACUGCAACUUCACAAUCGGCAGAACCUAGGAAGUGGGUGAUUUUGCGAUUGUACUCUUCUUCUACCACCACUAAGCAAUGGGUCAGAUACGGCAAGAAGUCUUCCGCCUCAAAAUCCACACGAUCAAAGCCACCGCCGACGCCGCCUGAGCCAGACCCAGAGCCGCAGCCUCUGCCACCGCUUGCUCCAUCAAAAGAGUGGCCUAAGCCUACCACGAUACCUUAUCAGGCCAAGGCGGCCAACUCUUUGAGUGUGAUUGGUUAUGUUGAUUCACCUGUUCAGUUCGAGACUGCUGCUGAUGGGAAGUUCUGGGCUGGAACUGUACUCACCCAAAAGGGUUCUUCUGGUUGUCACCCUUUUUGGAUGCCAAUAAUAUUUGAAGGUGAUUUGGCUCAUGUGGCUGCUUGCCAUCUUAAAGAAAAUGAUCUUGUAUGCAUAGAUGGACAAGUGACUUCGGAUCCACCUCCUGUUGACGCAACUCCUGGUACAGCCAAUAUCCAGGUUAUGGUGAGCAGUGUCAAUUUUGUUGAGGAUUCUUUCUUAAGUAAGAAAAGUGUUGCAUCUCUUGAACAAGGAGGCAAGUUCAAUAGUUCUGAGGAUCUUUCAGCUAGCACAAAAAGUGGUGAGGAUAGUGCAUCUAUUCCCUGGAGACAACUUCUUGAUCAUCCAGAAGAGUGGCAUGAUUACCGUAAACAUAAACUCAGUGGAUCUGUAAAACCAAAGUUUCCUGAUUUUAAACGUAAGGAUGGUGGUCUUGCACUAUGGCUUGCCAGUGCCCCACGGUGGGUUGUAUCAGAACUUGAAGGAGUAGAAUUUGAUGAUCCUAUUCAAAAACCAAAACAUAGAGUUUCAAUCGAUAUGGGGGAUGAUCCCUGGAGGGACUUGAUGGAGAAUCCAGAUAAGUGGUGGGACAAUAGAUUGGAUAAGAAAAACCUCAAAGCUCCAGAUUUUAAGCACAAAGAAACUGGCGAAGCUCUAUGGCUCAAUAGUUCACCAGCUUGGGUGCAAUCCAAGUUGCGUUCUCCGGUCGGUGGAAAGUGAACAGCUGCUACUAAGACAGAAACACUGGUUUCUUAGUUGUGGAAGGACUGGACUUGAUUUGAUGGAAGUAAUCAAGAUGGGUAGUACCUUGUUUGCUUCAAUAUAUCUGUUUUUAAGUUGACCAAGCAUCACCGGUUUAACGUAAAUAUGUGAUUAUGUGAUGCUACUGAUUUAAUCUCUUUACCUUAAUGUGAAAGGUGAUCACACUCAUUUCA